AUGCCAGUGCAGGCGGCCCAGUGGACAGAGUUCCUGUCCUGUCCCAUCUGCUACAAUGAGUUUGACAGCAGCGGUCACCAGCCCAUCAGCCUGGGCUGCUCCCACACUGUGUGUAAGACCUGCCUACACAAGCUGCACCGUAAGGCCUGCCCCUUUGAUCAGACACCAAUCAGCACUGAUAUUGACCUGUUGCCGGUAAACUGUGCCCUGCUGCAGCUGGUCGGAGCUCAGGUCCCAGAUGUGCAGCCGGUCAGCCUGAGUAGUGCGGCAGAGGUAGAGCAUUACGAGGUCUGCAGGGUUUGUGUGGAGGAGCUUGCUCUCUAUCUAAAACCUAUCAGCGGAGCAAAAGGUGUGGCGACGCUGAGUCCCAGCGUGCUCAGUCGGCCCAUGCAGAGGAAGCUGGUGACGUUGGUGAACUGCCAGCUGGUGGAGGAGGAGGGCCGUGUGCGGGCAGUGCGAGCAGGUCGGUCGCUGGGUGAACGAACAGUAACCGAGCUUAUCCUGCAGCACCAAAACCCCCAGCAGCUCUCUGCCAACCUCUGGGCAGCAGUGAGGGCGCGAGGCUGCCAGUUCCUGGGGCCUGCUAUGCAGGAAGAUGCACUGAAGCUAGUUUUGCUGGCUCUGGAGGAUGGCUCAGCACUGUCCCGGAAGGUGCUGGUUUUGUUUGUAGUCCAGAAGCUGGAGGCUCGGUUUCCCCAGGCCUCCAAAACCAGCAUAGGCCACGUGGUGCAGCUGCUCUACCGGGCCUCUUGCUUCAAGGUGACUAAGCGUGAUGAGGACUCCUCACUGAUGCAGCUGAAGGAAGAGUUUCGUACAUACGAGGCUCUCAGGAGAGAACAUGAUGCUCAGAUUGUCCACAUCGCCAUGGAAGCUGGCCUACGAAUUUCACCUGAGCAGUGGUCCUCUCUGCUGUACGGAGACCUGGUGCACAAGUCACAUAUGCAGUCAAUCAUUGACAAGCUCCAGUCUCCAGAGUCAUUUGCGAAGAGCGUUCAGGAGCUGACAAUUGUUCUGCAGAGGACAGGAGACCCUGCCAACCUCACAAGCCUUAGACCUCACCUGGAGCUACUAGCUAACAUAGACCACAAUCCAGAUGACCCAGCACCAUCAUGGGAGGAGCUGGAAAGUGUGAUGCUGGCUGUAAAGUUGGUGGUUCACGGACUGGUGGAAUUCAUACAGAACUUCAGCAAAAAGAGCCACGACACUCCACAGCCUCAGGCCAACAGCAAGUAUAAGACCAGCAUGUGCCGAGACCUUCGUCAGCAGGGAGGCUGUCCCAGAGGAACCAACUGUACAUUUGCACACACGCAGGAUGAGCUGGAGAAAUUUAGACUGAGGAACAAGAAGAGCAGCAGUGUUGGCCGUGCAUUCCCUCUAGCACCUGGGGGCCUCAAAGGCACAGGAGAUAACACAGAGGGAGUUACUGGCCUGACUCACCCUCAGCUUAUCUCUAGAGGAGCUGACAUGAUGGAGGAAAUGAAGAGAGCGGUGCCAAAUGGAUCCAACGGGGCUAACGGUUCCAACGGGCUAAGCAGAACCACAUCAGGGUCAACAGAACAGAAGCCCACCUCUCCUCCCAGGACUCCAGUCAGCCACUCCGCAACGUCAUCUCCUUUGAACACAGUUGGACGGGGUGAUGGUGGCGGUCCUAUACCCAAACAUGGUCAGUUCAUGCUGCGUGCACCACAUCCUUCUCAGGCGUCAGAGAUGUACUAUCAGGAGCCCCACUCUGGAUAUGACACGGACCACUAUCAAUCAACCUCAGGUUCCUACUACACAUCUACUCUCCAUCCUUCACACAAACCCUGCCUGGCUCGGUUCCUCAGAUCCUCCAAUGUCCCAGAAUCUUCUCUUCCACCUUCCAUUGGCCCUCCACCAUCCUCCUACCCUAGUGACCCUCAGACGCCGCACCCAUCUUCCUCCUCUUCCUCGGGAUACCCGCCACACCCACCUAGAGAUCGGAUGGGACCUCCUCCUGCCUUCCACCCCCAUCCGGGUCAGCCUCAGUAUGGGCCUCUGGCCCCUGCCCAUGGUGUUUAUGCUCCCCUCUAUGACAGCAGGAGAGUAUGGAGGCCUCAGCUGUACCACAGAGAGGAUGCCAGGAGUAACUCACUGCCUCCAGAGGUGCUGCAUUCCUCUGUCUACCAGCCUCCACUCAGGGAGAGAUUCAACUCUCUAGACAGCAACUACUGCUCUGGAGCCGAACACCGUGCAGGGCUACACAGGGACUACGGACGUGUUCCUCUGGGCUAUGAGGAUCUAUUCAGAAGGAAGCAGGAACAGUGGGCACAUCAUCACCACCAUCACAACACCAACAGGCCCUCCCAGUCCUCCCCCAUCUUCACCAUUGAUUUUGGAACUGAGCAUGUGGAGAGCAGUGGAGGUCAGUGUGUGGGGUGCAGGUACAGAGGCGAGGAGAGUUUAGCACACUAUUCUCCAUGGUCCUGUGGUACUAUCGGCCCCUGCAUCAGCCCCUUUGAGCCGGAAGCACUCACUCAUUCUGCACCUCACUCCUGCUCAGAGCACUCGGAGAUGGACAGUAACGGAGGUGGAGGUGGUGGUGGCGUUAGCAGUGGUGGUGUGGGAAAGCGAUGGCUGCAUUCAUUGGAUCACUACCGGCGAUUGAAAGACGAAGACCCGAUAAUUCCCUUUAGUGAGGGACCCAUUAUAUCCAAGUGGGGAGCCAUAUCCAGGGCUUCUCGCACAGGCUACCACACCACCGACCCUGUCCAAGCCACAGCCUGCCAGGGCAGUGCCAAUACCACGCCCAUCAACUUUAAAGAUUACAACCCACACUUGGAUCACAGUGACUACAGGUGGAGCUCCAGAGGAUCAGACUCUUCCAGCCACUCCAGUUUCCUAGAAGGUGAGCAGCUUUGUGCAUCAGAGCUGCACAGACGCAGGACUUCUUUAAGCAGUGGAGAGAAAAUUGUGUCUGAUCUGCAAACCCAUCAAACCGCCUACAGCCAGGAUCGGGACAGAGUAUGUGACAGGGCUGAUAGUGAACCUGACCCGGACCGAGACAUUGAGCUUGAACUGUGCGCUCUGGACAUGGAGGAUUCAGACCACCAGGAGAUCAAGUCUCAGGACUCUUUAGACCUGGCCACCCCACAGUCUCAGGAUGCUUCCCACCUCCUCCCACCAACCUGCUCCUCUCCACUCCUCUCAUCCCCUGUGGAGGAGCACGCCCUAGCAGAGGGUCCUUCAACAGAAAAAAUGGAUGCUCACCUGCUCAAAAAGAUGGCUUUCAGGAAGUCUCUUUCUCCAGCAGGGUUGGUUUCAGGAGGUCUGGGUGUCGGCAAGCUUGUGCUACGGACUGGACCUCCCCGACUUGGGGACUCUUCUACCCGAGUGUGUCCUGAAAAACCAGGAACAGAGAUGCUGCUCAAUGGGAGCUAAGGGGACACAAAGUCUGACUCUGAUCAGC